GCAGCAGCUUAACGCACAAGUGAAGAUAAAAACAGGAGAGAGAGAGGGAGCCUCUCAACUUCCCAAACUUGGGGUUAUUGCUGAAAUUUCUUUUUAUUAUCAAUAAAUUCGUUUGAGCUAGAAGAGAUAGUGGUUUCAGGAGGUGCAGUCACCGGUUUUGUCAGAGAUGAGAGUGUUUCUUCAUACACACCUAAACCUGCGCCUAACCCACAUGCUUUCUUGCCUUUGAAGACUCUACCACACUGGUUUUUUCAUGUUCUGUCACGGCGGCUUGCUCCGUCUUUAAUGGCGUUCGUCGCUGAAUCUGUGCUCCUUGUUGGGCGAAGCUCCCGGAGUUUUUUCAAUUUGCAAACAUUACAUCAAAUUCAAGUUGCUUGACCGAAGAGUAUCUGUAAGUUGAUGCGGUCACCCAUACUUGCAAGUUGGUGCCAGGUCUUGAUCCCUUGCUGGCUUCAUCAUUAAGGAAACAUGAAGCUAGGAUUGAAGAAAGGAUGGAAGUCUAUUGUGCCCCUUCGUUUGAGGGGCAAAUCAGCAACUCGUUUUUGCAUUUUUCCAAAGGUGAAAUCAGCUGGCUAUGGUCCUGGAAAUACACCAGUUUAUCUCAAUGUGUACGACUUGACACCUAUGAAUGGUUAUGUCUAUUGGGCCGGCCUUGGAAUCUUUCACUCUGGUGUAGAAGUUCAUGGUGUAGAAUAUGCAUUUGGAGCUCACGACUACCCAACUAGUGGUGUCUUUGAGGUUGAACCCCGACAGUGCCCCGGCUUCAAGUUUAGGAAGUCAAUUCUCGUUGGGACAACAUGCUUGGAUCCAAUUCAGGUUAGAGAGUUCAUGGAGCGCCACUCUGCAAGUUACAACGGCGAUACAUAUCACUUGAUUGUUAAGAAUUGCAACCAUUUCUGCAAGGACAUCUGUUACAAGUUGACUGGGCGCCCAAUUCCAAAAUGGGUCAAUAGACUGGCAAAAAUAGGUUCAAUCUGUAACUGCAUACUUCCUGAAGCACUUAAGAUUUCUGCUGUUAGACAUGACCCCAAUUACCAAGAAUAUGAUAGUGAGAAGAGGAGGCUGAGAAGUGCCUUCAAUUGCCUGUCUUCAAUCUCCAUGCGGCAGAGGCAGUUGUCAACUUCCUCGAUGUUUCUGCAUUCACCCUUGAAAGGCUGCCUACCCCCUUGGGAAUUGAGAAGAUCUACCAAUCGCUCAUUGAAAGACAGAUAGAAUAGUCCUUUGAAUCUCAUAAACAAAAUCCUUUAGGAGGGUGUCUCUGGCUUCCAUUCAUGUUUGCAGUGUGAUGACCAAUCUCCAUAAGCUAAACAAAGACUUUGGAGGGUGUCUCUGGCUACCAUUGAUGUUUUCAAUUUGUGACCUAUCUCCAUGCUCUAGGAGGUUGGAGGGUGAAGGGUGAAUUUAUGUAAAGAAGAUGUUUUUCUUUGUCAGCACUGGAAGGCUGCAUCUUCUCUCCUCUUUCAAGUAUUUAUUGUAAGUGCUUUUAGUGAUGCUUGUAAUCUUUGUGGCACAGUAAUCUCCUGUUAGAACUCUUUAUGAUGCUAAACAAUGCUUCUUUGCCAUUGAAGAAUCCAGUCCCAGAUGGAGCAAAGCAUUACCCUCGUUUAAGAGU